UUUCGACAUGAUGGCCGACCAAGAAACCCGCUUCCUGGAGAAGCUCGCCGUCGCCUCGGCGUACCCGGACACCUUGCUCUGGCAGGAUGAGGAGGCCUCGGCGAUCAAAGAGCGGCGCGAUCACUACGCCGAGACCAAGACACGGAUAUUUGAUGCGGUUCUAGAGCAGCGGGAGCCGCUGGCGAUUCUCGACGUUGGGGCGAACCACGACUCUGGUCCCGCCUCCGGUGAGGUUGCCGGGACCAAAGCUGACAGCUGGCUCACGAACCUAACAUCAGAAAAAGCACCGGCUUCACAUCGCACGCGGAAGUGCAAGCUGAGCCUUGUCCGCGACGUGGCGGGGCUUCGAACCAAGUUGUCAUGGCCGAGCCCAGCCGAAUCUACGACAUAGC